CGUGCACUCCAUGAGGCCUUGUAUAAAUUUCUCUGCACAUCCAGAGACAUGGGGUUAUCGAGAAGAGAUUCAAUAUCCAUCUGAACGGAUUGCUAGUUACUUACUCUCUUGAGCUAAAAGGUGACCAUAAUACAUCAUGACCGUCGCGUCUAACAUUAAGGUCACACCUCUUCCCCCUACCGACGGCCGCAGCUUUGGUGCUAUAGUCACCGGCGUCGACCUCAACAAACUCAAUGAUAUCGAAUUCCAGCAUCUCCGUGCCGCGCUGUACGAGUAUACUGUGAUUGUUGUCAAAGACCAAGCCGCCUGCACGCCUGCCGCGCAGUACGCCCUCACAAACCGCUUCGACCCCGCCUCUACCUCCUACGGUCAUGGCAAAACGCUCGACACCAAGAAAUCUAUCCUGCAUCCUGAUCUCAAAACAAUCCCACACCAGCCGCAGGUACAAGUCAUCGGAAAUGGCCAUCUCGACAGCUUCGAGGGCUUGACCGACAUCAAACUGAAGCACCCACAUCACGCCACAUUUCACGCAACGCGCAUCCCCGCCGAGGAAGACGAACACUUCACGAGGUUUUACAGAUGGCACAUCGACGCCGCACUCUACGACCUCAACCCUCCACGCGCCACUACCCUCAUGGCUGUUCGCGUGCCAGAGGGUCGCACGCAGACGCUGCGCUACGACGACGGGACAGGCGAUGAACUGACCGUCCCGCUCGGCACGACGGCUUUUGUCUCGGGAUACACCAUGUACGACAUCCUGUCGGACGACGACAAGGCAUUCGCCCGCACGACGAAAGUGGAGUAUGCGCCACACCCGUAUGUCUGGAUGAGCAGCGCGCGUAGCCGCUCCACGGGCCUCGGACUUGUGUCUGAAGGCAAAGAGCUCUCGCUGGACCAACUCCCACCGGUCGACGAGAGCAAGAUCCAGGUCCUGCCCAUGGUGUGGAAGAACCCCGUUACUGGGCGUUUGGCACUGCAAGUGCACCCAUCGGCAGUGCGGAAACUGCAUCUUGCAGAUGGGACUGUGAUGGAUGAGCUACGGGAGGUGAGAGACAUAGUGUAUCUUCUUCAGCGACCGGGCAUUGCACCAGAACUGGUAUACGCGCAUGACUGGGAAGAAGGAGAUAUGGUCAUCUUCAAUAAUCAUGGCUGUCUGCACAGUGUCGUGGGUGCGUUCAAGGAGGAUGAAGUGCGCGUUUUCAGGCAGUGUAACCUUGCCGCAAGUGCAGCACCUCUUGGCGCUUGAGAUGUUGCCCUCAUCCCUACAAAAUUCUCCUUGGGUUCAUGUCAGUUAUGAUAGACUUCUAGUAGUGGGCGAGAAUGGUGGACUCGGAACGUCUUUCGAUUUGCUGAGGGAAGGGCGUUGGUUUGUAGCGCUGCUACGACCAAGAAUACCCCCCUUUCCAGUCUUCUAGUGUUUUGUUCCGCUCAGGGAAGGGCGUUGGCUCUCGUGUUCAUCGAGAAAGCCAAGAAUACCCCCCUUUCUAGUCCUUUAGAUUUCAAUUAUGCGUAGAGAUCGCACAUGCACACAGCAUAUAGUCUAUACAAUGCUAGAUUAUCAUCUCUCGGGGUCUCCUACGAGCUUACAUCCAUGCUCAAUCAGUAGUUGGUAACAUUUUAAAAGGCGAAAGCAUUCGCCCGCUCUGCGCUGGUCCGGAUAAUGAACCAAAAAUUCCGAAAUGCAUUCUGGAGAGUCCUAUAUUUGUG